AUGUCAGGUUCCACCGGUGCAGAAAGCUCUCUCAGCACUAUCGGGCAGGAAUACACAGGUAUUUCCAGCACCACAAAGGGUCUGUGUCACUGUCGACCUCCACAGUCCACAGGUAGUUUUGAAGAGAGGAUCAAGAAUAAAAGCUGUAUCUCGCAGGUCAUCUGUGCCAGGAUCCGAACAAACUCCAGGCUCAAGAGGUCCUGCUGCUUGCGGGACCAAAAGGACUUGGCCACCCUGGACCACAUAAGACCCUGUUCAUUCUGGGACAGGAAGGACUCGGCCGCCCUGGAUCACAUCAAACCAUGCUGGUACUGGGACAAGAAGGACCUGGCCCACACCCCGUCGCAGUCAGAGGGACUGGACCCUGCCACUGAGGCCCGGUACCGGAGAGAAGGGGCUCGGUUCAUCUUUGAUGUUGGUACACGACUUGGGCUGCACUAUGAAACACUGGCUACUGGAAUCGUUUACUUCCACCGCUUCUACAUGUUCCACUCAUUCAAGCAGUUCCCUAGAUAUGUGACAGGAGGAUGCUGCCUUUUCCUGGCAGGCAAAGUGGAGGAAACACCGAAGAAGUGCAAAGACAUCAUCAAGACAGCCCGCAGCCUUCUCAAUGAUAUCCAGUUUGCACAGUUUGGAGAUGAUCCCAAGGAGGAGGUAAUGGUGUUGGAGCGCAUCCUGCUGCAGACCAUCAAGUUUGACCUGCAGGUGGAGCACCCCUACCAGUUCCUGCUACGCUAUGCAAAGCAGCUUAAAGGUGACAAGAACAAGGUACAGAAGCUGGUCCAGAUGGCCUGGACCUUUGUGAAUGACAGCCUUUGCACCAUGGUGGUACUGCAGUGGGAGCCACAAAUUGUAGCAGUGGCCGUCAUGUAUCUGGCCGGUCGUCUCUCUAAGCUCGACAUCCAGGAGUGGACAUCCAAGCAGUCAUCUCGUCGCUGGUGGGAGCAGUUUGUCCAUGAUGUGCCUGUGGAGGUGCUGGAAGAUAUCUGCCAUCAGAUCUUGGACUUGUAUUCUCAGGCCAAGCAGCAGAUUCCUGAUGGAGGGCUCGGGAGUGGGGAGAACCCCCUGUCAUCUUCCAUCCCACCUCCCAUAGUCCCACAGCUGAUCAAGAAAGCCUCCCCUCAGUCCAGCCCCAGACCACCAAGACCAGUCCAGCCAUCUCCCAAAGAUGACAGCAAGGCCCCUAAGCUCCCAACUAUUGAACCUCCACCUCCUCCACCACCCCCUCCUCCUCCGGUCUCUAUGAAUCCAGACCUUCCCACCGCUAGCUCCCUGGUGUCCAGCGAAGGCUACCAGAAUCUCCAGUCCAUGAUGAAGACAGAGGGCACCUGUUACCCCACCAUACCCCAGGCCUGUGCCCCACCUAUGGGUUACCACCCCUACGGCCCAGGCACAACGGCCUACCACACUCCCCCACUCUCCGCCUACAGCUACUUGCUUGCACCUCCCCCGCCCUCAGUCAUGGGGAUGGCAUCCGGUUUGCCUAGUGGGUACCCCCCACCAACAACCGCAGGACACAAUCAGCUACCACCUCCGCUGCCUCCUGGUAUGCCCCCUGUUGGCGGGAUGAAUCGGGGAACAUGGAUGAGAUGAGCCAAAUGAUAACACAGAAAGUUUUAGAAAAGUUCAGAUAAAAUCUUUUAAACUAUUGGGAUUGAUCUUAAAUGACAGUGAUCAACUUUGACUAAAGGAGAACACUCUGAUUGCCAGUUUUGUGGUGAAAAUGUGUACAUUUACACAAUUAUGAAAAGCUCAUGUAGGUGUUACUUGACAAAACAGUGUUGACAGAGACAUGGAGGAUUAUAAAAUGAAUGUCUUCCUUUAGUUCUCUGCUUUUUUGCACAACACAUUGUGUCAUAUUUUUAAAAAGUAGACAGUAUUGUGCUUUGAUAAUCACAACUGCCUCAUGUCCUAUUUAAAUACUGAUAGGAAUUGUGUUGUUGUCAUGUCGGAUCUAAGUACUUUCCUUUUUUGCAUCAGAUUUUCCAGUUUGAAUAUUAUGAGUGAGAUGUUUUUGGUGUUUAGCAGCACAUGUGGAUUACUUAUUUUUUUUAAAAGCCUAUUAAAUGAGAACACAGCACUGUAAAAUGCAUUUUCUCCUAUUUUAAGUUGCUCAGUCCAUUAUGUUUCUAUCCCUUAAAAGAAAUAUAAUGGAUUGAUCAAUCAACAACUGAUCAGUCAGUCCUUUAUGUUUUGGUUCACACACAAAUGUUUCCUUUUGUCAGCUUUAAUUCAACUUGUUCAAUUUUUGUUUUUGUAAUUACUUUAUUUUCGUAUAAUGUGAAUACAUAAGCACACCCUUUUUAAAAUACGUU